AUGGCGCCGCUACACCUGGCCGUGGCGACCAGCCGAUUUGACAUUGCCUCCUUGUUGAUGGAUCGUGCUGCAGAUGCGAAUGUUCGAGAUGCGCGGCAGCGGACUCCACUGCAUGUCGCAGCCCUCACCCCGAACGCUCGGCUUGUCCAAGAGUUGCUGAGUCGUCGCGCAGACCCCUUUUGUGCCACUGAGCUGGGGAGGACACCACUGGACAUGGCCCGGGAUGUGAACUGCGUGGGAUCGGUCCGUGCCCUUGAAGGGGCCUCAGCCUUGUGGCAAGGCCCUGUGGAUGCUUUUCAGCCAAAGAUGCUCGUCAUCCCUUCAUGGUCGCCCAAGUGGCUGGUUGUUCUGCGUGACCGCAGGCACAACACUGGCCCCAGCUUUUUUGCCAGGGGCGAUGUGCACAACGUUUUCAAAAAGGCGCAGAACUUGAUGCGGGACAAUCUUGUUGGGCCUGAUGCCGCCCAUCAGUGUCCACACUGCUACAAGACCAAUGCCAUUCCCGACUUCGUUGAGAGCUUUCCUUGCAGUCAUUGUGGCCGAAUGCUGUCGGUGCCCGCGUCGCUGCAGCUGGCACUCUAUGACUACACACAGGGUGUGCCGGACGCCCGGCCCAUGGCAGUGCUGCCGCUGCCGCAAGACGCACGGGGUAUCCAUGUGAAGUCGCUGGAGGAGCCCACGGCGCAGCCUGCAGGUUGGCUUCGACAAAAGUUGGGAGGUCUUGGCCUCACAUCUUCGCGGAACCACGGAUUCUCAGUGAGGGUGGCGGCCUCUGCCCAUGCCAAUGAGGCGACUUGGGAUUUGAGGUUCGCGACAUCUUUGGAGUGCGCACAAGCUCGGAGUGCUGUGGCGUUUUCCCAGCGUUGCCCCAGGAGUUUGAUCCUCAAAGAGAUUUACGACCGAAUGCUCUUGGACUUGAGCGCGCCGCAAGAGGAGGAGCUACCAAUCCCCUCCGCGCCCCCGGCAGACGAAGGGGAAGAAGCUCCUGCAGUUGCACCACCGCCUCCAGAGCCUCGACACCAGGCCUCACACUCCCCUGCUCCGGCUCAGGCACCACCUCGAGAACCUCCGCACCACGCUGCGCAAACUCCUCCGGCUCAGGUCAUCAGCCAAGACGACCAGGAAAGACCCGAGCAAGACGACGGCAUGUGCGUCGUGUGCCUGGAGCGUCGCGCUGAUACGGCGGUCGUGCCAUGUGGCCACUUAUGCCUUUGCCAAAACUGUGUAGCCGAUGUCAUGGGCCAGAAGCUGUGUCCAAUGUGCCGCAACGAAGCUUCCUCCACCGUGCGCAUUUAUCGAGAUGGAAAGGAUCUCUACAGCUGUUGGCAGAGAUGGAGGUGGGCUCGGUCGGUCUCUGCUAACUGCUGGCUGAGGGAUGCGCGAGAAGGAUCGUGCCUUGAGGCCAAGGUAGAGGCGGAUGCAGUCAGCUAUGAGGCGGCUGUGCAGACCUGUGAGCUGGGCGGCCAACCUGGGCCAGCGGCACUGGUGCUCGGGCUUUGUCAAUCUCGGUCUUGGCUCCUUGGAAGGCUCGGGGGGCUCUUCUCGAAAGUCUUUCGGUUAGAAAAACCGGUUACGAAGGGGCUCGGAAUAAUUACUAGACGUGUCUUCUGCUGGCACCUUUUAAGUGUUUAUAUGGAUCUAUAUGCCCCAAAACUCUACUCUAGUUUCCAAUCUUGGUUUGGCUGGGAUUUUACAGAGGACUUACGGUUUCGCGUGAGUCUCUGA